CUGCUGUCGGUCACAUAUCGCUGCAUGGUAUUUGCGCAUGCGUUUUCAGCACUUCGACGUGACGGCCAUUUUUCGUUCCUUGUCUUUUCCGGUUACUUUGUUCUACAUUUUCAUUUGCUGACAAUGGCGACCACUGCUGCUGCAAUGUUACUGAAGAAACAACUACAAGAGUUUGAAAGUAAAGGAGGAACAGACGGUUUUUCAGCGGGAUUAAGUGACGAUGAUAAUCUCUUCAGAUGGGAAGUUAUUGUCUACGGUCCGUCUGAAACUUUCUUUGAGGGAGGUUUCUUCAAGGCAGAGUUGGUUUUUCCUGAGAACUUCCCGAACAGACCACCCAAGAUGAAGUUUCUGACUGACAUGUGGCAUCCAAACAUUGCAAAGAACGGUGACGUAUGUAUUUCAAUUCUGCACGAGCCAGGAGAUGACAAAUGGGGCUACGAGACGGCAUCCGAGCGCUGGCGCCCGGUACACAGCAUAGAAUCCAUCCUCAUCAGUGUAAUAUCAAUGCUAUCGAAUCCUAAUGACGAGUCACCGGCUAAUGUUGAUGCAGGGAAAGAAUGGAGGGAAGACUACAACGGCGCCUUCAAGAGGAACGUUCUUCAGACAGUUAAAAAAAGCCAGCAACUAUUAUAGUGGGUCUGUAGAAAGGAUGCAGUGUGAUUUCAGAGAGACACUUUUUCUUUGGAUGUUUGAUCUGAGCAACAACGUUACAUCCAAGGAAGUCGUUCUUGAAAACAGAAAAGAAACUUGUCAAGAUUUGAAAAACAUUUUAUGCAAAGUGAGCGAAAGAAAGAAACAUACAGACUCACACACGACUCGAUCAGGAUUUGUCUCGAUCGACGAACCAGAGGUGACAACUCUUUGUUUGUCUCAUGUUGUUAAAAGGAAGAAGAAAAAUAAAAAAACUGACGUUAUAUUAAAAAAAAAAAA